CCUAUCGCCAUUUCAUUACUCUUUGAUCUCCGUCUCCUUGAGUUUGUGCUACGACAUUGCCUUGAUACCUCAGGUUUGCUUCUCUUAUUUCAUCCGAUGCAGGCUGCACUUAUCUCAUGUGUUACGCCCACCAUAGCUACCGGCAAUUGGACAUGGGCUCGAGCUAGAGAAGCAAUUUCACGCUCUACACAGCCAAGAUCUCAGAUUUCAAGAGGCACAACUGGUUCGCCAAUCCAGCAGUCACAGGUACAGGCGCUAGGGACCCUCCCUUUUCGCGGUGACCCGCGCCGACGCUUAAGGUAUCGAUGUCCUUCCAGCCUUCGAAGCGGUGCUUCGUUACACGGCUGCAGCUGUGUGUCCUCAUUUUCUGAGAAGUCGAGCGGCUCGAGGUUUACUCUUGUCAAAGGUCAAGUUAGACUUCACAGUGGUACACCACUACGAGAGCACUAUAUUAUCCAAUUGCAUUUGGCAGUGGAGACCAAGCUUCAGGCCUAUGUGCGACCAAAGAGCUGCAAGAAUCAUUUUUGGAAUCGUCAAGCCGACUGCGUCGUGUUCGCAGUCAAUCACGGCGGUCGUGCGCAUGUCGUGUCACGGCAGCAAUGGCCAGUCGAGUUUGCCCAGUACAAUCGAGUCAAGGGUCAGCAGCCAUGAUAAACGGAAUUUUUUAUUACUAACGUAGAGAGUAAAGCUAGCCUCAGGAAGCUGAUGAAAUUCAACGAGAUACAGCUACAGGCAGCAGGCCAGUCGUAGAAAUUGUAGC